AAACGGCCCAUCUUAGGCAAAGCAAGUUCUUGCAUACUUUAAAAUUGUGGCAUUAGUUGGUUCCAAAAGGCUGUAAAGAUUUGCGUCUAAAAUUGCGUCAACUUAUUCAGUGUCAAAAAAUGCGUCAAUCUUCAAACAACUUGGCACCCUACCAGUCCGUUUCAAAAACGGCAUCAAAAGUAAACUUACUACUGGAGAGUGCGCUUUUGAAAAUGAAAAAAGCGGCCAAGAAAAUCGUCAAACGCAUGCCAGGGCGGUACAUAUAAACGGUCACUAUGUUUUCAGUGACGUAUUGGGAUUUGAGUCGCUUGUAAACAGACGGACUCUUAUUCAAGUAAGUAGUGCAGGAAUCCAUGAGCUGCCGUCUUGCCGAGGAUGCAAGCGAGCAAUAUAUUUCCCGCUGAUUGACAAAGCAUAUUUUAGCAAAUCGCUUAUGAGAAAGAAAACAAGUAGCUAACAAGAGCCUUCAGGUUGUAUAAAGUCACAAUCACAGGAAGUAUAUUUGAAGCAAUAAGCAGGAACGUUAUAAACAAAAAAAAAAAGACAACAGCCAUAGUUAAUAGAGGAGAAUGGUUAUGAAGUCCGGCAAACAUCAUAGGGGCAAACAAAGAAGCAAAGAUUUAAUGUAUGUACAUUCGGCGGAGCUGAACUGUAAGUGACAGUGACAAAGAAUGUAAAUAUUUUUCCUGUUGGUAUGAAAUGCGCGUGUGCCGCUGUGCCGGGCAUUAAUUUAGUCUUUUUUUUUAUGAGCGUAUAUUAGGUUUGACAGUUGCAAUGUGUUCAUCUCAGCUCUCGAAGUUUCAAAUUUUAUUGUAAAGUUUAUUGGUUUUGAAGGACUUGAAAACCUGUAAGCACCUCUAGCCCGCAGAGGUUAGUGCACCGGUAUUUAGUUGCGGAAUACGUUCCCAUUUUUCCCACUGGGUUUUUGUGUUUUCGUAUCAGGCGGUUGCACAUUGGUUUGUUCCUUUGUUAGAAGUAAAAAACUGUUGUGUUUUGUGCAGGGUCAAGGCAUACAACAAAGGACUUUGUCAAGUUUCAUAUAAACCAUUUCGCUCUAUUAACUAUGCAACAGUGAAGAUUGAACAAAAAACAGAAGGGCCCCAAAGAUAUAUGGGAAAGACCGCUGGGUGCUAAUAUAAUUAGUGAAAUUCCACAAGUCAUUAGAUAAAACUUAUUGACCUGUCUUUAACAGCAGGAUACAUGUUUCGCUUUUUUCAGUUAAAAAAGUUGAAUGAUUGGCAGGUGCAAGAUGCUGCUGUAUUUUGCAUUGUGUCUUCUUGCGUCUUGGAGUUGCCUACCAAGGAUGGUCAGCUCCACGACUCGUGAAUAUUAUAUAGCUGCUGUGGAGAGAAAUUGGAACUACGCUCCUAGCGGACAAGACAAGAUGAAGGGAGUACCACUCGAUCAGGACAGCUAUGCAAGACCUUUCACCCUACGUGGUGCAACUAGAAUCGCAACCGAGUACAAGAAGGUGCUCUAUCGAGAAUACACCGAUGGGACCUUUGAACAAGAGAAACCCCAUCCACUGCACCUUGGCUUUUUGGGUCCAAUAAUAAAAGGCGAAGUAGGGGAUAUAAUAAAAGUCCAUUUCAAGAAUAUGGCUCACAGGCCGUUCACUGUUCACGCCCAUGGACUCUUCUACAACAAGGCCGGGGAAGGGUCCCUUUAUGCCGACCACAGCAGUGACGAGCAGCAGCGAGACGACAAAGUAGAACCUAACAACGUUUAUACAUACAAUUGGGUUGUUAACGAACAGCACGCACCCACGGAAACCGACGAGGAUUGUGUCACAAGAAUGUACCAUUCCCACGUGAUUUCUGUGAAAGACACCAACACUGGAUUGAUAGGUCCACUUCUGAUUUGUAAGCGCGGUGUUUUGGUGGAAAACAGUGACGAAAGAAAAAGUAUCGACCACGAAUUUGUUAUCCUUUUUACCGAGAUGGACGAAAACGAGAGCUGGUUGCUAGAUGAGAACAUUGAAAGCUUCUCCGACGAUCCAGUGGCUACCAAAGCUUUAAAAUUAGACGCCGGAUUUGUAGCCAGCAAUAAGAUGAAGUCCAUUAAUGGAUACAUAUACGGCAAUCUGCCGGGCCUUAGCAUGUGCCAGGGAGAUACGGUCAGCUGGCAUAUGAUUGGAAUGGGAACCUGGAGUGAUGUGCAUAACCCCUCGUUCCACGGCCACACGGUUAAGAUCAGUUCUCACCGAAGAAACACAGCAACACUCCUUCCGUCCACUUUCAUGACGGCUUACAUGAAAGCGUUGAAUCCGGGAACCUGGCUACUGAACUGCAUGAAUAGCCAGUUCUUUGACAAUGGGAUGUCGGCGCUUUUUAAUGUCACAGACUGCGGGAAAAGUGUUGACCUGCCGUCAGUUGAUGGUGGUGAAACCAGGAUCUACUGCAUCGCAGCUGAUGAGGUGAUUUGGAAUUACGGACCAAGCGGUGAAAAUAACAUUGAUGGAGCAUCGCUAACCUGGCCAAAAAGUGAAUCUGCUAAGUACUUCACCCACGCUGAUAACAGAAUAGGAGGAGAGUACAAGAAGGCAGUGUAUGUUGAGUACACAGACGAUACUUUUACUACUAAGGUGAACAGAUCGUCAAGUGAAGCCCAUUUGGGAUUCCUAGGCCCCGUGAUUCGUGCUGAAGUUGGUGACGAAAUCCAAGUGCUUUUCAAAAAUAAGGCAAGUCGUAAUUACAGCAUACACCCUCUCGGUGUAUUCUAUAAUAAAGCAAACGAAGGAGCCCAGUAUCAAGAUGGCACAACUGGGAAUGACACCGCUGAUAAUGCAAUAAUGCCAAAUGAGACGUACCUGUAUAAAUGGAUCGUGCCCGACGCAGUAGCACCAACUGAGAACGAUCCCUCGUGCCUGACUUGGAUGUACCACUCAAACGUCGACUCCACCAAGGACACCCACAGUGGACUUAUUGGCCCUCUCCUGAUUUGUAAAAAGGGAACCCUGGCUGAAAAUGGUAGACAGAUAAACAUCGAUCGUGAGUUCUUCCUCCGUUUUGCAUUAACCGACGAAGGAGUUUCCUGGUACUUAAAUGAUAAUAAGGAACUGGCUGACAAUGCUUCUGCAAUUGACGAAAAUAAUCCCGAUUUCAAGGCGAGCAACCAGAUGAGAAACAUCAAUGGGUACAUGUACGGUAAUCUGCCAGGACUGCGCGUGUGCAAAGGUGAUAAUGUAUCGUGGCAUUUUAUGGGUGGCCCCUCAAGCCAAAUGCACACAGUUUACUUCUACGGAAAUACUUUCAUUCGGAAUGGAAAUAACCACGACACACUUGGAAUUAUGGAAGGAUCAUUAGCCAGCGCUAAGAUGACCCCAGAAAACCCCGGUGUAUGGAAAUUGAUCUGUCGGACCAACAGCAACCUCAGAGGCGGAAUGAUUGCUAAGUAUAGCGUUUUAGAGGACUGUGGGAAGGCCUCUAGCGGGCAGCCAAUGAACGGGAGAAAGAGACUUUAUUACAUUGCAGCAGUUGAACAAACGUGGGAUUAUGCACCGUCUGGGAAGGAUUUAAUCGACGGAGUAAAUCUUGCAGACAGCGAGUUCGCUCCUCGUUACACUGUACCAGGCCCUCAUUUUAUCGGCCGCAAAAACAAGAAGGCUAUUUACCGGGAGUUCACUAGUGCCGAAUUUACCGAACAAAAACAACGAACUACGGAGGAAGAACAUCUGGGAAUCAUGGGACCUAUGAUUAAGGCUGAAGUGGGAGACACGAUUGAAGUAGUAUUUAAGAACUUAGCGACAAGGCAGUACUCGAUACACCCUCAUGGAAUCCUUUACAGCAAACAUGACGAGGGAUCUUCUUACAAGGACAAUACAACGGGAACCUAUGCCGCUGACGAUGCAAUUGCGCCUGGAAAAAUUUAUAAUUACAUGUGGGAGGUAUCUGAACGAGCGGGGCCUGGCCCUAAGGAUACCGCAUGCGUAACGUGGGCUUACUAUUCUGAUGUGAACCCGGUCAAAGACACCAACACCGGAUUGGUAGGACCACUGAUCAUUUGCAGAAAGGGAACACUGGACGAAAAAGGCAACAGAAAAGACGCUAAUAAAGAGUUUGCACUCCUGUUUGAUGUGUUUGAUGAGAAUAGUAACUGGUACGUUGAUGAAAACAUUAACAAAUAUAUUACUGGGGAUCCAGGAUCUCUGGACAAUCUCAAAGCAACUUUUGACUUCUGGGAAAGCAACCUCAAGGCCACCAUCAACGGAUACGUGUAUGGAAAUGUUCCCGGUUUGACGAUGUACAGCGGCGAGAAGGUUGUCUGGUAUCUCCUUCAAGUUGGGGCUUUCACUGAAAUGCAUACAGUUCAUUUUCAUGGCCAGAGCGUUUUGUAUAAAUCACUGACCUACCACCGAGGAGACGUUUACGACUUGAUGCCGGAAUCAUUCGCCACCGUUGAAAUGAUUCCUGACGCGGUUGGAAACUGGAUGCUACACUGUCACGUGAAUAUUCACUCGACUGGCGGGAUGAAGGCAUUGUUUACAGUUUUGGCUCCGAAGAGUAAGUUGUCUCGGGUGGUAAAGUGGAUUUGUUCAAAUUAUUACUUAGAUCUUUUUUUGGGAGCUGUGCAUGUCCUGGUUUGUGUGGUUAAUCUUGACCGAGUUCGUGUGUCCAGACCGAAUACACUUUAUACACGGUUUCGUUCUUCCUUUCAUCUAAUAAUUACAAGGGUGAACUAGGCCGAGGGAAAAAACAAACAAACAAACAAACAAAAAACAGGAAAAUAGAUAUCAAUAUGCUUUUUGGUAUAUUCCUUGAUUUAUAAAACUCAAUUCUAAGUUUUCGCUUAUCUCAAAUUGUACUAGACGUCCUACUUUGACAAAGAAACAAAGCAUCGGAAUUGAUACACCCGACCCGCGGAAAUACUUGUACUUUACUCCUUUAUAGUUGACAUCAGCUUAAGCAUGAACACGUUUUUUUUGUUUUCAGGUGAAUCAACUAAGAAACCUCCUCCAUCCAUUGCCGGAUGUUCAAGAAUCGGCUCUUAUUUCGCUCUGUUUUUGACGACAUUCACUCUU